CAUGUUCACAUGUAUACAAAACAUUGACUUUAUUUGAGGCUGAAAUGCAACCAUAGUUUUGAUUCUAUUAUUGUGUGUAUAGAUAUGUAAAAAUGUAGAUAUACAUAUUGAUAUUUCUAUGAACAUAUCAUCAAUGGCUUCUUCUUCCUCUUCAGUUGUUGUUGUUGACGAUGAUCAAGUAGUAAAUAAAUACGAUGUGUUCAUAAGUUUCAGAGGUGUGGAUACUCGAGACAGCUUUACAAGUCAUGUCUACUCAGCCUUAUGCCGAAAAAAUGUUGAAACCUACAUAGAUUACAAACUUGAGAGAGGCCAUGAGAUCUCACCAGCUCUUCUCAAAGCAAUAGAGGACUCAAAGCUUUCACUUGUUAUAUUCUCUCAAAACUAUGCUUCUUCUUCAUGGUGCUUAGAUGAACUUGUUCACAUACUCAAAUGCAAACACAGAAAUGGACAGCUUGUUGUCCCUGUUUUCCAUGGCAUUGAUCCAUCCCAUGUCAGAAAACAGAAGGGCAGCUAUGAAGUUGCCUUUGCUCAACUUCAACAAAGAUUUCACAUUGAUAAAGUCAAAGAGUGGAGGGAUGCUUUGGAAUCAGCUGCCAAUUUGUCUGGAUGGGAUUCACUUAACACUAGGCCUGAGUCCAAACUAGUUGAAGCAAUUGUUGAAGACAUUAUAAACAAAUUGAACAGUGUAUAUGUAUCAUCUUCAUCAAGUGAUGAUGAUUCCAAGGGUUUGGUUGGAAUUAGUAAACGUUAUGAACAAGUAAUGUCAUUGUUAACCACAGAGUCAUAUGAUAUCCGAGUGGUAGGGAUAUGGGGAAUAGGUGGUAUAGGCAAGACAACUCUAGCUAGUGUCAUAUUCACAAGACUCAUCUCUCAAUUCGAAGGUGGUUGUUUUCUUCCAAAUGUUAGAGAAGAAGCACAGAAACAUGGACUAAAUCACUUAAGGACUAAACUGUUGUCGACUUUGUUAGAGGAAGAAACUUCAAGCGCAAGCAACAUGGUUGCGGGAUCAACUUUUGCCAGGAGUAGGCUUCGACGAAAAAAAGUGCUUAUUGUUCUUGAUGAUGUGAAUGAUUCAGAACAAUUGGAACUUUUGGUUGGAGACCAUGAUAAUUGGUUUGGUCUUGGAAGUAGAAUCAUUGUAACAACAAGAGAUAUUCAAGUGCUUAGAAAAGGAGCUAAUGAAGUUUAUGAGGUUAAGGAGCUAGAUUUUGAUGAAGCUCUUCAACUCUUUCAAUUGAAUGCUUUCAAGAAUAGCUCUCCUCCUUCAACUGAUUAUAUAGAGUUGUCUGAAAGGGUGGUUGAUUAUACUAAAGGGGUUCCAUUGGCUCUUAAAGUUUUGGGUUCUUACCUUCAUUCAAGAAGCAAAAAGGAAUGGGAAAGUGCCUUGAAUAAAUUGAAAAAAAUGCCCAAUAUGAAAAUUCAUAGUGUUUUGAGGAUAAGCUAUGAUGGAUUAGAUGAGAAAGAAAAGGAUAUAUUUCUGGAUAUAGUGUGUUUCUUUAAGGGUGAAGAUAGAAGUUUAGUAGAAAAUAUACUAGAUGGUUGUGAUUUAUUUGCUGAUAUAGGAAUAACAGAUCUCAUCAACAAGUCCCUUAUAACUAUCAUAGAGAACAAAGUCUGGAUGCAUGAUUUGCUACAAGAAAUGGGUUGGGAAAUUGUUCGCCAAGAAUCGAAGGACCUUGGAAAGCGUAGUAGAUUGUGGAUUGCUGACGAUGUCUGUCGAGUGUUGAAAACAAAUACUGGAACUGCAACAAUUGAGGGGAUAUUCCUUGAUAUGUCUAAGAUGAGAGAUGUAGACUUGAAUCCUGAAGUAUUUGUUAACAUGUACAAUUUAAGACUGCUCAAAAUUUACAAUUCUAACAAUUUGAUCAAGGGGUGCAAAUUGCAUUUCACUAGAGGUCUUCAGUGUCUCCCUGAUGCUCUUCGUUAUCUUCAUUGGUAUGGAUACCCUUUAAAAUCUUUACCAUCCAAUUUUAAUCCAGAAAAUCUUGUUGUACUUGAAAUGCCUCACAGCCAAAUUGAGCAACUUUGGAGCGAAAAUCAGUACCUCGACAAGUUAAGAAAGAUUGAUCUGAGUAACUCUGAGAAUUUGACUCAAUUCCCAGAUCUCUCCCAAGCUCCACACCUUGAGAGUAUGAAUCUUGGAGGCCAUAGAAAUUUGCUGCAAGUUCCUUCAUAUCUUGAGUACUUUGACAAGCUAACAGUUCUCAAUCUCAGCGGUAAUUCAAACCUGAAAAAUCUCAAAGCCAUACCACAAAGAAUUCAGUACUUAGACUUAGAGGGCACUGGCAUAGAAGAAUUGCCUUCCUCAAUCGGGUCUCUUGACAAACUUUUCUCAUUGAUUCUUAGAAACUGUAAAGGCCUUAAGAAACUCUCCAGCAACAUGCAUAAACUGAAGUCCCUGGAUCAUCUUAACCUGUACGGUUGCUCUUCUCUUGACAACUUUCCAGAUCUUCCCAUGGAAAUAAGAUAUCUAAAUUUGAGUGGAACUGCUAUAGAACAAGUACCUUCACAAAUUGAGGGUCUGUCAAAUCUCCAAAUACUAGAUUUGGGAAACUGCAGAAGGCUUAAGACAGCACCGAAAAGAAUUAUGCCUCUCACACAAGCUUGUUAUGAAGAUUAUAAGCCUGAUAUUGAAAUGGUCUCUUUUAUGAAUUGCCUAAAUUUGGAUGAGAAUGCACGCGACAACCUUAUGGAAUACGCACAGCUUAGAGUUUGGCGCAUGGCAACUGCAGCAGCAUCAUUGAGGCCAACACCUGCUGAUGAAGAUGAACAGUCUCAACUUUUCGUUUGUUGUCCGGGAAAUAAGAUUCCCAGCUGGUUUAACUACCAAUCUGAAGGUUCUUCCAUAAGUAUCAAGCUUCCUUCACAAUGGUUUAGAACCAACUUCUUGGGUUUCACUCUAUGUGUUGUUGUUGCAUUUAACAACUACAAGGAUUACAGUAGCUUGGAUUUUCAAACUCAGUCCGAAUUCACAACAAGCAGUGGUGAGAGCUACAAAUUUGACACCAAGUUGAUAGGUUGGGUAGGAAACGAGGGUUGGGACUCAUUCACUGUUGUUAGAUUAGUGGAUGCAGAUCACUUGUUCUUGUGGUAUGACCAUAGUUUCAAUCUCAAUGUUUUGAAAGGAGACGAAAGAGAAAACUGGUGUACUAAUUUGCGGAAUGCGACCGAAGUGUCAUUUGAGUUCAAACCCGUGGAUCUUUUCAGUGAUCCUGUGGAGUCUUGCUACGUCAAAAACUGUGGAGUCUGUCUUAUAUAUGCUCAAGAUCAAGAUUCAACAAUUGUUAUGGAUGAAGAUGUUGGAAAGCUAACAGUGGGAGAAAGUAGUAAGAGUAAGAGACCCCGCCAAGCUUACGAACCCAUUGGAACUUCCAUUUUCUCUGACAAUGGAGACGAAGAAGAAGAAGGGGAACCCCAGCCUAAGAGAAAUUGAAAUCAUUCAUCCUAUUUGUAUGUAACAUGUUCAGUGUAUCAGUUUGCUGAUUUUCAACUUAUAUCUUUUCAUUCUCCCGUUUUUUUUAAUGAUCUUCUAGCUUUUCUAGAAGUAGUACUUCGCACAAAUAAUGUAUACUUAUUCUAACAGUUUCUCACAACGGAGAGGAAAGUUAAGAACAAUAAGCAGAGAAAAAUAGAAAGUGGGAAAACAGAGCAUUAUGCAAGAUAAUGAGCUGCCAAUGAACUUGCUCAUUGUUUCUUUU